AUGGAGUGGGCGGAGUCUCGCACUACAGCUCAGGGCUCAUCCUCGGGCUCGCCCUCAACAACGGAUGAGUCUUUUGUCGAACCCGGCAAGAUGAAGCUUGCAUACUUCGGCAACGAGUUCCCAGCUGAUAGCCUUGGAGAACUGACUCGUCGUCUCCAAGACUAUAGUCGCGACAGACGGCACUAUAUACUGGCUAAGUUUAUCCACGAAGCUACCCUAGUUGUUCGGGAGGAAGUAGCCUCACUCCCUGGGGAAUUGAGGCUAUUGGUGCCACCGUUCACAACAGUAUUCAGCCUAGCCGAGAAUACCCCACUCCGUGAGGGUCCUCUUGGUGCCGCUGUAAAUGGAAUGCUCUUGUGUGUACUCCAAUUGGCGGCAUUCAUUGGAUACUAUGAGAGACAUCCCGACGAAGUAUUCGAUAUUCGUGGCACAGACACUUGUCUCGCAGGGCUAGGUACUGGCCUCUUGUCUACCGCCGCCAUAUCAUUGUCUCCAUCCUUGUCAGACACACCGAUCGCUGCGGCCGAGGUGAUCCGUAUAGCCUUUCGACUGGGGGUUGUCGUUGAUGAAGUUUCGCGUAACCUGGAGCCUCGUCCACUCGACAACGUCCAAGGUGACAGUUGGGCAUACGUAGUGCCAGGUGCUCAGGUUGAUGAGGUUAAGAAAGAGCUUGACGCUAUCCAAGCUACCCAGUUCAAAAACCAGGAGACUCCAAGACCGGACAUGGUCUUCAUCAGUGCCUCGAGUCGCGCUUCCGUCACCAUCAGUGGCCCACCAGCCAGGCUGGCGCGUAUCCUCAAAGUGUCUGAGUUUUUCCGCGACCGCAAAACCAUCGCUCUGCCAGUGUAUGGUGGUCUUUGCCAUGCCGAGCAUAUAUACGGCAAGGAACACGUCUCCAGGGUCACAGAGGCCACUUCCCUCCACGCCAGCUUCACGCCUCGCGUGCCCGUGUUGUCGACGAGCACAGGCAGACCAUUCUCGGCAAAGACCGCUUCCGGCCUAUUCUACCAAAUUGUAGCAGAGAUUCUCACAGGCAAGAUUCAGUGGGACAAUGUCAUCAACAGCGUUGCACAGCGGGCGAGGGCCUCAGCGGUCUCAGAGUGCCAAAUACUCACCUUCCGCACAUCCCUACCGAUCCACGAUCUUAUGGAUGACCUGAACAAGCAGCCACAAGAUCUAAAGCUGAAGACUAGCAUGAAAGAUGUUAUUCAGUGGAUCGUCAAGCCUGAAACCCCAUCCAGCGGGCCAAGGGGUCCCCAACAGGCCAAGAUCGCAAUCGUGGGCAUGGCCUGUCGGAUGCCGGGAGGCGCGACUGAUCCAGAGAAAUUCUGGAAAAUAUUGGAAGAGGGCCUUGAUGUUCACCAAAAAGUACCUGACGACCGUUUCGAUGUUGAGACACAUUACGAUCCCACUGGUCAUCGCGUAAAUACGAGCCACACACCGUUUGGCUGCUUUAUCGAUGAGCCCGGCCUGUUUGAUGCGCCGUUCUUCAACAUGUCGCCCCGUGAGGCUUGCCAGACGGACCCUAUGCAGAGGCUCGCGCUUGUGACAGCUUAUGAAGCGCUCGAGAAAGCGGGCUAUGUCGCAAAUCGCAGCGCGUCUACUUCCCUGUCCCGUAUCGGUACCUUUUACGGACAGGCGAGUGACGAUUAUCGCGAGGUUGCUUGCAAUUCUCUCUGGAAUGGAGACACCGAUAUGGCUGUGGCGGGUGGGAUGAAUGUUCUCACCAAUUCAGACGCUUUUGCGGGCCUAAGCAAGGGCCACUUUCUAUCAAAAACGCCCAACGCGUGUAAGACCUGGGAUGCGGAAGCCGAUGGAUAUUGUCGUGCCGAUGGAGUGGUAUCAUUUGUGCUGAAACGCCUCGAGGAUGCGGAAGCCGAUAAUGACAACAUUCUCGGCGUGAUACUCUCAGCCGGAACAAACCAUUCAGCCGAGGCAGUCUCUAUAACCCAUCCUCACGCAGGCCACCAGGCAGACCUAACCAGAGAGAUCCUGGCACAGGCUAGUGUGAGCCCAUUUGACGUCGAUUAUGUGGAGCUUCACGGCACAGGCACCCAGGCCGGGGAUGGGCAAGAAAUGAAGUCUGUCACAGACGUCUUUGCUCCACUAAAUGGCGACAAGCGUCGAAGUUCAAAACAUCCGCUGCAUAUAGGCGCGGUCAAGGCCAAUGUUGGCCACGGAGAAGCUGUGGCUGGUCCUACGGCGUUGCUGAAAGUGCUGCUGAUGUUCCAGAAGGAAGCCAUUCCCCCACACGUGGGCAUCAAGAACAGCUUGAACCCAAAUCUUCCUCAGGACCUGGACAGGCGACACGUUCGAAUCCCCUUUGAGAAAACCCCCUGGCUGCAGAACUCAAUUCGAUCUCGCAUUGCUGUGGUCAAUAACUUCAGUGCUGCUGGAGGCAAUUCGAGUAUUGUCAUCCAAGAAGGAGCACAUGCAGGCGGAAUCAAGAUGGCCGCUGGUAAGAAAGAUACGGCCGACCCACGAUCAAAUCAUGUCAUAGCCGUAUCAGCCAAGAGCAAGGCCUCGUUCAGAGGGAACAUUCAGCGUCUCCUUGACUACCUAGAAGAGCAUCCCAAUGUCUCCCUUGCGAACCUGUCGUACACAACCAUGGCCCGAAGAUACCACCAUAACCACCGCGUGGCCAUAUCCACACCGGGAGAUGGGGUCGCGCAACUUAAAAAGCACCUCAGCAGCACUCUGCAGUCAGCAGACUCUCAUAAGCCUAUCUCGCCUACUGGCCCGCCACCCAUCGUCUUCGCCUUCACAGGCCAGGCUGCCUCACAUCGGUCGAUGAGCUUAGAGCUAUUCCGCGACGUUCCCAGUUUCCGAACCCAUCUCCAGUAUCUGGAUUCCCUCUCUCAAAGCCAGGGAUUUCCCUCCUUUAUCCCUGUACUCGACGGCAGCUAUCCACAGGACCAUACCCAUCCGCCCACAGUCACACAGCUAGCUCUCGUCUGUAUGGAAAUAGCGCUCGCCAGGUACUGGGAGAGUCUUGGGGUCCGGCCGGACGUUAUUGUGGGGCAUAGCUUGGGCGAGUACGCUGCCUUCCACGUGGCCGGUGUACUAUCUGCUGUAGACACCAUCUUUCUUGCCGGCCGCCGCGCAAUGAUGAUCGAGGAGAAGUGUCAAAGGGGCAGUCACAAGAUGCUGGCUGUCCGCGCCUCAGUGAACAGCAUCCGUGAGGCCGUCGGUGAUAUGCCCUUUGAGGUUGCUUGCAUCAACAGUCCUCAAGAUACUGUGCUCAGCGGGCCGGUGGACGACAUCAACAACCUGGCUGAGAAGCUUCAGUCCUCUGCUAGCUUCAAGAGUUCUCACUUAGACGCGGCAUAUGCUUUCCAUUCCGAGCAGAUGGAUCCAAUUCUUGACGAAUUCGAGGACAUAGCAACGACAGGCGUUCUCUUUCAAACGCCCAGACUGCCCGUUAUCUCGCCCCUCUUGGGCAGGGUCAUCUUUGAUGAUAAGACUAUUAACGCCAAGUAUAUGCGCCGGGCCACGCGAGAGACUGUCGACUUCCUCGGGGCGAUCCAAAAGGCACAGCAAAUCUCAACUGUCGACGAGACGAUGUUGUGGGUUGAAAUAGGGCCACACCCGGUAUGCGUUGGCCUUGCACGGUCAAUCCUCACAGCUGCACCAGUCAUGGUGCCUUCCCUCCGCCGGGGUGAGAGCAACUGGCAGACGAUGUCACAGAGCUUGGCUGCCGUGCACAAUGCUGGGAUCACGGUGGAUUGGAGAGAAUAUCACCGUCCUUUUGAGUCAGGCUUGAGGCUUCUCGAUCUGCCAUCUUACGCCUGGAACGAGAAGAACCAUUGGAUCCAGUACAACGGCGAUUGGGCCCUCACAAAGGGCAACAAUUUCUACGACGCGGAGAAAGAGGCGGCGAGAGCGAAGAAUACGGUCUUGACCCCGACUGCUUCCCUUCAUGAACUCAGGACUUCACUCGUACACCACGUUGUCGAUGAAACAUUUAGUGAAUCGGCGGGGCGAGUUGUUGUGCAGUCCGACAUGAUGGCGGCUGAUUUUCUGGCUGCUGCGUGGGGACACAAGAUGAAUGGAGCAGGCGUGGUCACAUCAUCUAUCCACGCAGACAUCGCUUUCACGCUUGGGAAGUAUCUCAUCCAAAAGCUGAGACCGGGUUUCAAAACGGUUGCGGACAUGGACGUAAGAGACCUUGUGGUUCGUGAGGGUCUGGUAGCACAGAAGAACACGAGAGUGCCUCAGCUCGUUCAAAUAUCCAUCUCUACGCAGAACGUCGACGCCGGCGUCGCUCACCUCGAGUGGCACAAUCUUACCAACCACGGCGCCAUCGUCGACGACGAGCCCAUAGUCACCGCUCAGCUGGCCUACGGCAGCAACUCAGGCGCUUACCUAGCAAGUUGGACGCCAGUGCAGCAUCUCGUGCAGGGCCGCAUCGAGGCCCUUGAGAAGCUCGUCGAAGAGGGCGUGGCGAGCCGCAUGUCGCGCUCCAUGGCAUAUCUGCUCUUCUCCACCAACCUCGUCGACUACGCCGACAAGUACCGCGGGAUGCAAUCGGUGAUUCUGCAUGAGCUCGAGGCUUGCGCCGAGGUUACGCUCACGACGUCGGACAAGAGCGGCCUCUGGACUGUGCCGCCGUUCUUCAUCGACAGUCUCUUUCACAUUGCAGGAUUCGUCAUGAAUGUUUCGGACGCUAUCGACACACAAGCCAACUUCUGCGUCACUCCGGGUUGGUCGUCGUUGCGCCUGGCACGGCCACUUGUUGCUGGGGCCAGUUAUCGGACAUAUGUCAAGAUGAUCCCGACCACCGAGGACCCGGCCAUAUAUCUCGGCCAUGUUUACGUGCUGGAUGGUGAGAAAGUGGUUGGUUGCAUGGAGGCCAUCAAAUUCCGCCGAUAUCCUCGCAUAUUGCUGAACCGGUUCUUCUCGGCGCCAGACGUCAAAAACACAUCUGCAGGCAAGCCGUCCAAAGGCACCACAGCAUCCGCCGCUGGCGCCAUCCCAGCCGCAAAGCCGGCCUCAGUCUCUCCAGCGGAGCCUACUGCGGUGUCGGUGACUGCUCCUGUGCCCGCGUUCCAGACCAAAAAUGAAGUCAAGCCGGAGCCGCUAGCGCAGUCAACGCAACCACCGCCGCCGCCUGCUCCUGUCGCGGCGCCGCCAGCCGUCGGCAAUGAAGUGGAUAGUACUACGGCCAAGGCUAUGGUUCUCUUAGCCGCUGAGGCGGGCCUUGAACCUUCUGAGCUUCAAGACGAUGCCAGCUUUGCCAAUUUGGGUGUGGACAGUCUGAUGAGUCUCGUUAUUGCUGAGAAGCUGCGCGACCAGCUAGGCGUCGCCGUCAGCAGUAGCUUAUUCCUGGAAUAUCCGACAGUGGGGGAUUUGAGGGCUUGGUUGUUGGAGUAUUAUAGUUAG